AUGAUUGGUUACUUACAUCCUACUUACAGUAUCGACUAUCAAAUCGAUCAAACAACUGAACAAUCAAUCAUUAAUGAUCCAAAAGUCAGAAAUAAACUAUUGUGCUCAUGUUACCGCGCUAUUCAUAAUAUUCUUAUCAUUACUACUACUACUACUACUACUACUACUACUACUACUACUACUACUACUACUACUACUACUACUACUACUACUACUACUACUACUACUACUACUACUACUACUACUACUACUACUACUACUACUACUACUACUACUACUACUACUACUACUACUACUACUACUACUACUACUACUACUACUACUACUACUACUACUACUACUACUACUACUACUACUACUACUACUACUACUACUACUACUACUACUACUACUACUACUACUACUACUACUACUACUACUACUACUACUACUACUACUACUACUACUACUACUACUACUACUACUACUACUACUACUACUACUACUACUACUACUACUACUACUACUACUACUACUACUACUACUACUACUACUACUACUACUACUACUACUACUACUACUACUACUACUACUACUACUACUACUACUACUACUACUACUACUACUACUACUACUACUACUACUACUACUACUACUACUACUACUACUACUACUACUACUACUACUACUACUACUACUACUACUACUACUACUACUACUACUACUACUACUACUACUACUACUACUACUACUACUACUACUACUACUACUACUACUACUACUACUACUACUACUACUACUACUACUACUACUACUACUACUACUACUACUACUACUACUACUACUACUACUACUACUACUACUACUACUACUACUACUACUACUACUACUACUACUACUACUACUACUACUACUACUACUACUACUACUACUACUACUACUACUACUACUACUACUACUACUACUACUACUACUACUACUACUACUACUACUACUACUACUACUACUACUACUACUACUACUACUACUACUACUACUACUACUACUACUACUACUACUACUACUACUACUACUACUACUACUACUACUACUACUACUACUACUACUACUACUACUACUACUACUACUACUACUACUACUACUACUACUACUACUACUACUACUACUACUACUACUACUACUACUACUACUACUACUACUACUACUACUACUACUACUACUACUACUACUACUACUACUACUACUACUACUACUACUACUACUACUACUACUACUACUACUACUACUACUACUACUACUACUACUACUACUACUACUACUACUACUACUACUACUACUACUACUACUACUACUACUACUACUACUACUACUACUACUACUACUACUACUACUACUACUACUACUACUACUACUACUACUACUACUACUACUACUACUACUACUACUACUACUACUACUACUACUACUACUACUACUACUACUACUACUACUACUACUACUACUACUACUACUACUACUACUACUACUACUACUACUACUACUACUACUACUACUACUACUACUACUACUACUACUACUACUACUACUACUACUACUACUACUACUACUACUACUACUACUACUACUACUACUACUACUACUACUACUACUACUACUACUACUACUACUACUACUACUACUACUACUACUACUACUACUACUACUACUACUACUACUACUACUACUACUACUACUACUACUACUACUACUACUACUACUACUACUACUACUACUACUACUACUACUACUACUACUACUACUACUACUACUACUACUACUACUACUACUACUACUACUACUACUACUACUACUACUACUACUACUACUACUACUACUACUACUACUACUACUACUACUACUACUACUACUACUACUACUACUACUACUACUACUACUACUACUACUACUACUACUACUACUACUACUACUACUACUACUACUACUACUACUACUACUACUACUACUACUACUACUACUACUACUACUACUACUACUACUACUACUACUACUACUACUACUACUACUACUACUACUACUACUACUACUACUACUACUACUACUACUACUACUACUACUACUACUACUACUACUACUACUACUACUACUACUACUACUACUACUACUACUACUACUACUACUACUACUACUACUACUACUACUACUACUACUACUACUACUACUACUACUACUACUACUACUACUACUACUACUACUACUACUACUACUACUACUACUACUACUACUACUACUACUACUACUACUACUACUACUACUACUACUACUACUACUACUACUACUACUACUACUACUACUACUACUACUACUACUACUACUACUACUACUACUACUACUACUACUACUACUACUACUACUACUACUACUACUACUACUACUACUACUACUACUACUACUACUACUACUACUACUACUACUACUACUACUACUACUACUACUACUACUACUACUACUACUACUACUACUACUACUACUACUACUACUACUACUACUACUACUACUACUACUACUACUACUACUACUACUACUACUACUACUACUACUACUACUACUACUACUACUACUACUACUACUACUACUACUACUACUACUACUACUACUACUACUACUACUACUACUACUACUACUACUACUACUACUACUACUACUACUACUACUACUACUACUACUACUACUACUACUACUACUACUACUACUACUACCAGGAAUACAUCUAUUACUCUGUUAUCAGUUCAAAUUCAUUACAAAAACUGA